GACGCCAUGGAGCACAGUCACAUCUUCACCGUUAUGUCCCCCAACUCUACUUCCUGGGGUCCCAGCGGGUGCCCGCUCGGACAGUUGCCCAUCAUCUACUACAGUUCUCUGCUCUGCCUUGGCCUGCCUGCAAACAUCCUGACUGUGAUCAUCCUCUCCCAGCUGGUGGUGCGGCGACAGAAAUCUUCCUACAACUAUCUGCUGGCUCUGGCUGUAGCUGACAUCCUGGUUUUGCUGCUUAUUGUGUUUGUGGACUUUCUUCUGGAAGACUUCAUUUUAGGAGCUCCCCUUCCCCACUCUCUGAACAAAGCCGUGCAGGUGCUGGAGUUCUCCUCCAUCCACACCUCCAUUUGGAUCACCGUGCCCCUGACCAUAGACCGCUACAUCGCCGUGUGCCAUCCCCUGCGCUACCACACCGUCUCCUACCCGGCCCGAACUCGCAAAGUCAUCCUGGCCGUGUACGCCGGCUGCCUGAUCUCCAGCGUUCCGUACUAUUGGUGGCCAGAGCUGUGGCACGGGCUGCCGGGAGCGGGCGGCGGCAGGCGCAGCAGCAGCGCGGGGCAGCACGUGCUGGUGUGGAUCCACUGCGCCACUGUGUAUCUGCUCCCCUGCUCCGUGUUCUUCUCUCUCAACGCCAUCAUCGUACGGAAGCUGCGUUGUAGGCGUAGCUGCUUCCGUCUGCGUGGCUACUCCACCGGAAAGACCACAGCCAUCCUGCUGGCCAUCACCUCUGUGUUCGCGGUGCUGUGGGCGCCACGCACUCUCAUGAUCCUUUAUCACCUGUACACGGCGCAGCCGACGAUGCCUGGCUCUGCCCGACGGCUUCACUUGGUCACAGACGUGGCAAACAUGCUGGCAUUGCUCAACACAGGCGUCAACUUCUUCUUGUACUGCUUCAUCAGCAGGCGCUUUCGCCGGAUGGCCGCCACAGUGCUAAAGGCUUUGUUCCGAUGUAGGAAGCAGCCGGCUCCUUUUUACGCCAGUCACAACUUCUCAAUCACCAGCAGCCCGUGGAUCUCACCAGCAAAUUCCCACUGCAUCAAGAUGCUGGUGUACCAGUACGACAAAAAUGGCAAACCCGUCUGCAUAUCUUCCUGA